CGAGCACUCUUGCGUACACGUCGUUUGCUGCCACCUGGCCCGCUGAACUCCCUCUCUCCUGCGGUCGCCGCCCACAGAACAGACCUUGCUCUGUACUGUAGAACGAAUUUCUCGCAAUGGGUGCUACAGGGUGGCUUUUUCUUUUCUCAGUAUUGAUGGCGGCGGGGCUGUUGUUCACCAUGGUCUUCUUCAUUAUCAUGUUCUCCGACCUGGAGUGUGAUUACAUCAAUCCAAUAGAUCUCUGCAACAAGUUAAACCAGUUUGUGCUACCCGAAAACAUAGCGCACGCAUUCCUUGCGCUGCUGUUCCUGCUAUCAGGACAAUGGAUAGCCUUCCUGUUCAACGCGCCAUUGCUCGCGUACAACAUCAACAAGAUACGCAAUAAGAACCACAUGUACGACGCGACAGAGAUCUUCCGCUCCCUCCCCAACCACAAGAAGGAGAGCUUCGUCAAGCUCGGCUUCUACCUCCUCAGCUUCUUCUACUACCUCUACAGGAUGAUCCUCGCGCUCAUCCAGGAGAGCGAAUGAGCGCGCGCCGCGGAUGUUCACGACCUUGGUAACGACGAGAUGAUGAGGGGGCUGGGCGGGCGCGGAUCUAUACGAUAUCUCCACUGUUGCACGCUGCUGUCGGUGUUCUCGCGAAAUGCCAUUUCUUCCUGUAUACGUGCGGUUCGUCUUGUCGGUUGUGAAGCCCGUACUCCGUACUCAUCGACGCCCA